AUGGCCAGCGAAUCGUCGUCGGUGCCGGUCUCCAUCCUGACCGGCUUCCUCGGCGCUGGCAAAACGACGCUGCUGCGCCACCUCCUCACGGAGAAGCACGGGCUACGCAUCGCCGUCAUCCAAAACGAGCUCUCGGCGACGUCUGGUCUCGAGGCGUCGACAAUGCAGGGUCCCGGCGGCGAGACGUUUGACCGGUGGAUGGAGCUGGCCAACGGGUGCGUCUGCUGCGAGGUGCGCGACGAGCUGCCCUUUGCGCUCGAGCGGCUGAUGGAGGCCACGAACACAUUAGAUGGGAGAUAUGUCCGGCCGACUGUAGGCAUGGCGGACCCCGGCCCCGUCGCGGCGUCGCUAUGGCUGGACGACGCGCUCGAGUCCCCUCUCGAGCUCGACGGAGUCAUCACGCUUGUCGACGCAAGGCGCUGUGCCGCAGAGGCGGUGUGCCGCAGAGGUCUGUCGCUCCGGCCGGCGCUCGUCCAGACGCGUACUCGGCUGCAUGACACUGUCCUCAGUGCAGCCCUUCCCCUGCAGGCGGGCGUCGACCUCGACCGGCUCUGCGCGCGGCUGCGGGCGAUCAACGCGGUCGCGCCGCAGCUGCGCGCGUCGCACUCGCAGCUGCCCGUCGCUUCGAUCCUCAACCGCAGAGCCUACGCGCGCGAAGGGCCUCCGCCGCUAGACGCCGAGGACGCACCCGCGUAUUCCGACCAGCGCUCGAGAGGACACGUGUACCGCGCAAAGGGGGAGUUGGCGGUGGCGGACGAGGAGGUGGGGGGCGUGGUCGCGAGAUACACGCUGCAGGCCGUGCAUGAGACCUGGGAGCUGGAGCGCGGCCGGCCUUGGGGUGAGGAGGAGGUGGCCGAGAGCCGACUCGUCUUCAUCGGCCGCAACCUCGACGAGGCGACCUUGCGCGCAAUGCUGCUGGCGUGUGUGGCGUGCGAGACCGAGAGGCGGUCGUGA